GGCAGGAAGAGAGCAAGAGAGAGGUGGAAGAAAAGGGGGAGUGACGACGGCAUGCACUUUCAGAAAAAGCUGCUGUAGAGAGGUCUGAAGUCAGCGGGACUGAAAACUUUGAGAAAGCUUGUUUCUCUUCUCCUCGGACCUGCUUAUUUCCUUAUUCCAUGAGUGCUACAAGUGUGCUCAGGUCUUUCAGUCCAUCAGCAAUGCCUGGCCCAGUAAUGCCGAUGGACGUGGCUAUGAGAUUCUACAUCAGCCACUCUCCACCUCCUCUCAGAGGCUUCCUCAGCUCCUACGAGGAGCUGCAGAGGACCAAGAAUCGGGUCAACCAGUCCGCCGCCCGCAGCCGCAAGCAGCAGCUCUACAAACCCCUGCGGCCUUGCCUCAGCAACCAGCAGAAAGCGGUGGAUGAUGACGGCUGCGUGGGCUGGAACAACAACAAGGCCGGCAAGAAGAGGGUGGUGUUCGCAGACACGAAGGGCAUGUCGCUCACUGCCAUCCACGUCUUCUCCAAGUUCGACGAUGAGCCGUAUCAAAACAAGCAUUGUGGAGGAAUCACGGAGGAGCUGCAGUUUGACAUGACGGACCUGGAAACAGCCACCAUGGAUCUAAAGAUCAGCUCGGUGCGCAGCCUGGUGCUGGACUUUAAACAGCCCUCAGCUGACUACCUGGACUUCCGGAACCGCCUGAUUCAGAACUCAGUCUGCUUGGAGAACUGCUCGCUGCAGGAGCGCUCAUUGACUGGCACCAUCAAGGUCCGGAACAUGGGGUUUGAGAAGACGGUGCAGCUGCGCGCCACUUUCGACUCGUGGGCCAGCUUCACCGACGUCGAGUGCACCUUCAUGAACAACAUCUACAGCUGCCAGGAUAAUGACACCUUUGCAUUCGUCUUGGAGCUGCCCACCUACAUCCCACCGCAGAAUCGCAUUGAGUUCUGCAUCUGCUUCAAAGUCCAGGACCAGACCUUCUGGGACAAUAACGACGGCAAGAACUAUUGUCUCAAGCACGUCAGCUGGAACGGACAGGAGCUGAACAGUCUGACGCCCCCUGCUUCUGUAGAGCAGAAGAAGCUUUCGGAGCACAAAAAUGGGGGUGUGAAGCUGCUGGAGAUGGAGUUUGAUCAGUUUGGCAGCCCACGCAUGUCCAGCGGACUCUUUCCUGGCUGGCAGAGCUGGGGUCAGAUUGAUAACGCCGUGCCCUAUUGGUGAAAACGCGAGGAUGUUUGCUGAAACGACACUGAUACAAGAUAACAGACACUGACAGGGUAUUCAGUACGAAUCCAGCUGUGGGUCUGAGCCUGGACGGGCUCUCCGCCAGAAACUAAACUGAAGUAAACAACCUCUGCUUUUAUAGCGGGGGAAGUGCACAAACCAGACAGAAACUGAACUGUACUGUGCUCAACUGACCUGCUUUUUGCUGUAACGUGGUCAUUCGGCCUGAGAGAGACUUGAUGAUCUGUGGUUGGAGGAUGAGGGAUAAAUGUGUAAAGUCGAUCAUGUUUCACAGAUUCCCCUUGUGUAAAUAUUAAUGUGCCUUCUCAGAGUGCCUGCCCACUAAAAUACAGACUGUUUGUUAAAUAUGCACUGAUUGAGAUGUCCCUCUCAAUGUGAUGUCUGCAAGUUGAAGAAGUGGAAACGGAGCUGAUUACGUCCUUCAUAUUGAAGGGAAAGGACGGGGAGUGCAUGGCGACAAAAUGCUUCUCUGCUAAAAGAAACCUGGCUGAUUCAUUUCUAAUGGAAAAUGCACACUAAACCUUAGCACCUUCAAAAAAGAGGAUAAUUAGACAUGAUUCAAAAUGGCCUCAAUUUUUUUAAUUUGAGUCAUGCAGCCCUUUCUUUCCCUCCAUGUAAAUUGCACAUGUUCGUCUAAUAAAAACGUCUGGCUGAUGUAAUUCUGAAGUAAGUUUGUUAAGGAACCGAGCUGCUAUCUACAGAUGUGUUACAAGAGAGACUCUGCACGUGAUUGGUUGUCUCAAACAGGGAAGACGUUGGGAAAUUAUUGUGGUUACGGUAUGUCGAGAAAAGGAAUGAUGCAAAGACUGAAUGUUUAUGUUUGCUUGUAUUCACAAGUGCAAUUAUGUGAUGAGUGUACAGUAUGUGUGGCUGGAAUUGUGAUUUUUCCUUUUGAAGCGUUUUCUCACAGUAAAGAAAAGGUCUGUGCCCCAGCAUUUUGUUUCACUUGAAGGUGUGUUGCUGACGUGCACCAUGUCAGUCAUGUAUUUCCUGUUCAGAAAUAAAUUUCUAUAU